GGUGGUGAGCGCGGCGCCGUUUCCGACCCGAGGACCUUUGCUGCAGUGUUGCUCCUAGCGGCGCCCAAGAACCGCGCUCAAACCGCGUGGGCCGCUGCUUACCAGUGAAAUGGUCCUGUACGACGUGAUGCAGUACUUGUGUGCAGAUAUUAGCCCAGCGCGCAGGCAAUUGCUCGGAGGCCACAACUGCGAAGCGCUCCAGUGACCCGAGCUGCGAUGCGUCUCGCGACCCACGCAUCGCGUACAGAGCGGUCGCUUGGACGCCUUGCAAAUAGCCGUGGCGGCUAAAACGCUAGACACCUAGCGUGCGGGACUUAUCGACUCGAUAGAGGCGCAUCGCUUGCGAGCGCGUACGCCAUUAGUAGUGAGCCAGAAACGUAGCCGUUGUGCUGCACGAGUGCUGCAGGCGGUGGCUGCAACGGCAGGAGCGAAGACCGCACCGCUGAGGGCCGCGGGGCGCCCCUAGGCGAGCACAGCUGCUGCCUCGCCGCCGCGUCGCAGCGGCGCGCGCACGCGAAGGAGAAGCCCUUAGCCAGCAGCCGGCGCCGCCGCAGCGCCGCGCAACACCUGCGUCUGCCCCGUAGCCUCUCGGCCGCGCGCCAGCACGAUGGCGGACCCCACCGCCAAGCUCUUCGACGAGGAGGCCGACGAGGAAGACGACGACCUCGCGCCCAAGGAAGACGAAGCUGUCCCCGAAGAAGAAAAAAAUGAAUACGUGGUGGACGGCUUCGUCGUGGGAGACGAUGAUGAGGGAUUGAUUCCCGCCCCGAAGCCCGACGGUGCCAGCAGUUCGGACGACGAAGAAGAAGAUGAAAACCGACUGAAGAGAAACCGGGAGGAGGACGAACUAGCUGACCUCCAAUUAAUCCAGGACAACCUGCAGCAGCAGGAGCCCAAGAAGCAGAAGCGCGACGCCGUCGACGACCUUUUCGCAGAUGAUAGCGACGAGGAGCCGGCGAAGCCAACGAAGAAGAAGGACGGCCUUUUUGAUGAAGACGACUUUGAUGAUUUCAUUGAAGAUGAUCUCGGCAUCCAGCAGGCUCUGAAGCGCGAACACGAAGCUUCCUUGAAGGGUGCUCGAGAUGGCCCUGCUACUGAUGUAAGUCAGAUGCAGCUCAUGGACAUGGUCUGAACACGGCGUCCGGUUCAUACGCGUCGCGGCGAUGGCGUCUGGGGGAAAGUGGUUCCGUUUCCGAUUCCCGGGCCGUUCGGACCGCGUCGGGCGCGUCGGGGACAGGUGACACACACGCGCGGCGAUGGCGUCACCGCGGAGCUCUCACAACACCAACGCAGGUCGACAUCUUCGGCGAGGAGAAGCUAGAAGAUAUGUCCGACGAGGAGGCGCCCGUCCAGCGCGAGAAGCCCUCCACUUUGUCUCGUUUCGAGCCGCAGAUGCUGAAGGAGUACUACGUGACGGGUGACGACGAGAACAUUCGGAGGAGAGAUAUUCCGGAGCGGUUGCAGUGUCGACAACUACCGACCGUACGAAGGAGGCGGGCCCAGUUCGAGCGGGAUUUGGAUGCCGAGUCGAAGUGGGUCGCGUCGAAGAUGAAGAAGUCGUCCGAGGAGGAGAUCGAAGCCGUGAAGAGGUGUCUCGUGUUCUUCAACGAGGAUGCCUUGGAGCCGCCGUACGUCGCUGCGUAUCGGAGAGACGACCUCGCGCCCGUACGAGUGGAGGAACUCUGGCGGAUCCACGACCUCGAUGAAGAGUGGUGUUCUCUCGUCCAAAAGAGGAAAGAUUCGCAGAGAUUUGUGAAAGCUGUUCACGGUGCCGGCGAGGGCCGCUGUUCGUUGUCGGUAGCCCAGCAGGCCUGUUUGGAGACCGAUGCCACGGCGUACGCCGACGCGCGCGCCUACGCGCGCCAGCAGGCGGCCAAACACGGUUUAAUAACCUCCCAAGCCAGACGACCGGCGCGCCGGGAAGCCGCGCAGUGGGCCAAGGCCAAGGCUUCGGGCGUCGACCAGUUCGCGCGCAAGUUCACGCUGCGGCCCCAAGAUUUGGACAAAGCACUGCGAAGUGACGAGGUCAAAUUACCCCCGACGCCGUCGGAGAGCGUCGACAUGCUCUGCUUGGAUUAUGUGGGAGUGGGCGACUGCGACACGGAGGAACGCGUGAGAACGAACGCCAUCGCCGUGGCGGCGCGUGAGCUGGCUGCCUUACCUAGUGUGAGAGAGGCGUGCCGCACAGAAUUCCGGAGGAAGGCGUGUCUGCAAUCGCAGCCGACGGAGAAAGGGCGUCAAGAGAUCGACCCGUCCCACGAGUUCCACGGCUUACAAAGGUUGAGAGACAAGCCCGUGGCGACCUUCCUCGACGGCGCCAUGGGGCGGCAGCGUAGAGCUGACGAGGACCCUUCCGAUUCUCUAGAUGAUUUGGCCGCCGCGGAUUAUGUGCGACUACUCAAGGCGGAGCAGGAGGGUCUGAUCUCGACCACCAUUACGUACGGCGGCCCCGAGGCCAUCGCGGCGCGCGUCCUGGCGGCGUAUCUCGCGGUGCCCUUCCAGGCGCCGGUCGAAGCGGCGGCCCCUGAGGUGCCGUCGGCCGCCGGCGCCGCGGCGGCUUUAGCUGCUGCGGAAACCUGGGCGCCGCCCGUCCAGGAGGUCGCGCAGGCGGCGCCUUUACCACCUAGAUCGUCGGCAGCUGCUUUCAUGGACGAGGCGAUCCCCGGCGACGAGGGUCCGGUGAAGGCGGAGCCGGCGGCCGCCGCGCCCGACGCCGCGCCGGCCGACCCGGCGACGGCCGAGGCCAUGGCCAUGGCUAGAGCCGCGGAAGCUGCCAUUCAACAAGAAGAAGGCGCGACCGAGGACGCGGCGGCUCUCGCGCGCGCCGCCGAGGCGGCCAUCGCCGCCGAGGAGGGGAGUGGCGUGCUGCACGAGCGCGGCGGCGGCGGCGACGACCCGAUGGACGUCGAUGCCGCGCCGGCCGCUCCCGAGGCGGCCGCGCCUGAGCCGGCCGCGCCGGCGCCGGCGCCAGAGCCCGAGGCCGCGGCCGCGCCGACGGAGGCCGCACCGGCGCCCGCGCCGCCCUCUGCCGCCGACAUUUUUGGGGACUCGUCUGAUGAUGAUGCGGCCGCGCCCGCUCCGCCGGCCGAGCCGGAGCCCGCAGCCGCGGCGGCGCCCGAGGCCGCGGCCGCGCCGGCCCCGGCGGCCCCAAUGGACGCCGACGACAGCGACGACGACUUCGCCCCGGGCCCGCCGAUCAAGAAGGGCUCGGUGCCCCCGCCGAAGGCCGCCGACGCGCCGAAGGCCGCCGAGGAUGACGACUCGGAAGACGACUUCGCCCCAGGGCCACCCAUCAAGAAAGGGUCCGUCCCAGAGAAACCGGCGCCUGAAAUCGUGCCCAAGGACCCGAAGAAGCGUAGAGUGAUUGAGGACGACGGGUUGUCAGACGACGACGACGACCUCUUCGGCGUCGCGGCGCCCGCGGCGGCCCCCGAGAAGCCUAGUGUACAAGAGGACAGCGACGACGACGUCUUCGGUGGCGAGCCGCCCGUCGAAGAGGAGGUCGUCGAAGAGGAGCCCGAGGAGGAAGAAGAGGACUUUGCGGAGCUCGACUUGACUGGCGAACAAGAGCCGGAACCCGUCAAGGACGACGCGACGCCAACCGAAGAGGUGGCCCAGCAGUGGGACGCGCUGCGGAGGGAGGUCGUCACGCACGCCAUUGAAAAGUUACUAGCGCCUCUGUUUGUGGAUGAAAUCAGACUCGAACUCAAACGCCGAGGCCAAAAGGCCGUCGCUUCAUUAGCGGCGAACGCUCUCAGACGCAUGGCCGACGUCCAGCCCUUCGCGGUCGUCGAAGGUGGCAGCAACGGCCUGGCCGAGUCCGCCCCGCAGCGGCUGGAAGGGUGUAGCGCGGUCGGGAUCUGCGUCCCGCGGCCGAACAGCGAAGCGCGGUGUGAGCGAAGAAGGGGAGCCGCUAGGAUGGGCGACUCGACGAUCUUUGCGGCAUUAGCACCGUCGGGCGCCUUAGUAGCGCAGGAAGGGGUGUCGUCGCGAGCGACCGAAAGAGACAUGGAGUCGCUGCGCGUGGCGGCGCUGUUUUUGCGGAACCACUUGCCCGAUAUCGUCGUGGUGUCGACCUCGGCGGGCAUGGGGGCGUGCCGACGGACCUUGCGGUUCAUCGGCGACGCCUUGGCCGCGGCUCGCACAGAAUACCCGAUUCUCGAGGACGAGAUGCCGGACGCCGCGAUGCGAAGGGAAGAAGAACAAGAAAAUGUGAACGCCUGGAACCCUACUUUGGCGUUCGCGGAUGAUGGUCUGGCGAGGUGCUAUGCGGCUUCCGUGAGGUCUGACCGAGAGCUCGGCAAGACGGCCUCGAUGGGCCUGAGGAUUGCCACGUCAUUAGCGAGGUCCGCCCAGGACCCUUUGGCUGAACUGACCUACGCCUUCACGUCGCUGGGACUCAAGAACGGCACCGGGUUGGGUUUGGCUGGUGAGGAACUCGUGGCGCUACCCCUACACCCCUUACAGUCGUUCGUACGACCGAAGGAGCUCCUGCAAGCCUUCGAGCGGACGCUAGUCGACCAAGUUUGUCGUUCUGGCGUCGACGUGAACCGCGCCUUGCAAUAUGAUCAUCACUUCGGCAAGCUCCAAUUCGUCGCGGGACUCGGGCCGAGGAAGGCCCAAGCGUUCCGACGAGCGGCUCGGUCAGGAGCAGGUGCAGCAGCUCGAGAAGGCGGCGGGCAUGGUAUGGUCACGUCGCGACGAGCCAUGGCCGCGCUCUUCGACACGAAGAAUCACAAGGAAGAACGAGGGAGUGAAACGGUCUGUUUUCAGAAUGCGGCCGGGUUCUUGCGCGUGCGAGCGACGGGCCCCCUGCAGGACGCCGCCACGAACCCGUUGGACGACACGCGCAUCCACCCGGAGUGCUACUUCGACCAGACGGAGGGAAUUUCCUAUGAUUUUGCCCAAAAGAUCUGUAGCGAUGCUUUGGAUAGAGAUUUUGACCGCGACGACCCGGAAGGGUAUCAAGAUGUGGUCAUUGCCGCUCUUGAUGACUCUAGAACUAGAAUGGAGAAAGAUCUCAGAAAGCAACAACAAAAUGAAUUUGAUGAUAAGGCCUUCUGGAGCCCGCCGCCGUUCGGCGCGCCGCUGUCCGGCGCCGACGAGGGCGCCGACGAGGCCUUGGAUGAUAAGAUCUCGGAGCUCGACCUAGACGCGUACGCGCAGCUCCUAGAAGGCGAGGGCAAAGGGAAACGGAGACUCAUGCUCGAGGACAUCAAGAGGGAAUUGCGAACGCCGUACCGCGACUUACGGCAGCCCUGGCGGCGGCCGCCCGAUAGCUUAGUGUUCAAGUGGCUCACGGCGGGUGGUGACAAUGGCCAGAUACGACCGCGGCAGAUCGUUGCUGCUCGUAUUCAAAGGGCGGACAAGUACCGCGUAUUUACGACCACGGAUCUGGGCGUGCAGGGCGGGCUGCACCAGGAUUACCUGGAUGUCAGUGGCCAACUGGUCGAGAACUGCGACGAGUGGCUCCGGGAGAAGAAUAGGAGGCCGCCCUUUGAUGCUGCAUUGGGUCUGGAGGAUGUCAUUGAAUGUGCUAUAUUGAAAGUGGAUCCGGAGCGGAUGCGCGUCGAACUUAGUAGGAGGGACGACGACGUCUUCUUCCCGAGUGAUUCUCACGCUUACUAUGCCGCGACUACGGACAGUGUAGAUGCGUGUCUCGACGUCGCUGCGGUUGUCCAGGACUACGUUGAUCUGGCCUCCCAGCGGAAGAAGCGCGCUACAGAUGUGAGAAAACAAAAGGAGGAACGGGCGCGGCUCGAUGCUUUGCCGAAGAGAAAAGCGCGACGGGCGAUCACGCACCCCGCGUACCGGCCGAACUGCGACUACCGGCAAGCCGAAGAGCUCCUGUCGAGGAUGGACCCGGGGGAAGUUAUAUUGCGGCCGUCGUCCUCCGGAAAAGUGGCAUUGACCUGGUCCUUCCGCCAGAACGUGUAUAGGCAUGUCGAAAUUGAUGAAACGGACAAAAAAUAUAAAAUCGACGAGGAGGAGUACGAGGACCUCGAUGAGCUGUUAGCGAGAUACGUCCUGCCCAUGAAUGAUUUGACGGAGGACGUUUGUAGACACCGGAAGUACGACGCCGAGUUGAGUGAUCCCGACGCCGCCUCGGAAAAGCUGAUGGCGCUGCGCCGGGCGGCUCCCUCCAGUAUCCCCUACGUCUUGUGGGUGGACCCGCGGUACCCUGGUAGAUUUGCUCUGACCUACUUAGCUCCGAGGGCCUCGAGACCGAAGAAUGAAUGGGUCAAGGUCACGCCUGAGGGAUUGGAGUUAAGGGAACGAAGGUACUUCGCGACCGAUGAGGUCCUCAACUACUUUAAAAGACAUGCGAAGGACUGGGCCAAGGGUGCGAAGCUCGCGCCGCACCGCGCCGAGCCGAAGAAGCAGGCUCCGGCGCCGGUGCCCUUGCAGCCGAUCCAGCAGCAGUGGGCGCCGCCGCCGCAACAACAGGCGUGGGGUGCACCUCAACAAGGAGGCUGGGGCGCGCCGCCGCCUCAACAGCAGGGCUGGGGCGCGCCGCCUCCCCAACAAGGGUGGGGCGCCCAACCGCCGAUGGCGCCGCCGCGGCCGGCGGGCGGGCCGCAGGGCCGCGGCCGCGGCACGACGCUGCCGGCGUGGAUGACGGCGCAGAACCAGUAG